AUGCUCAUCUAUCUUUUAUGCUCUUUGGAUCGUUCAAACAUCGGAAAUGCCAAAGUUUUGAACGACACCACUGGUAACGAUCUUCUGCAGAGUAUCAGUCUCUCCACCCAAGAUUACACCACUGCGCUCAUGGUAUUCUUGGUCGCAUACUUCAUUUUUGAGACGCCCUCCAAUUACAUGCUCAAAGCCUUCCGUCCAAGUCGUUGGAUUGCCUUGUUGAUGUUUUCCUGGGGCGCAAUGACGAUGUGUUUAGGUGCCGCGACGAACUUUGGCAGUUUGACGGCGGUCCGGUUUUUGCUUGGUAUGUUUGAAGCGGGGCUGUUUCCCGGACUGGUGUAUUUUCUGACGUUCUGGUACAAACCUAACGAACGUGCUAUCCGUGUUGCUCUAAUUCUUGCCUGCGCAACUCUCGCUGGAGCUUUCGGUGGUGCUAUUGCAUACGGAGUCGGUAAAAUGAAUGGUACGGGCGGUCUUGAGGGCUGGCGUUGGCUGUUCAUUCUCGAAGGCAUUCCUUCCUGUCUCCUUUCCCUCCUAGUCCUUGCACUGUUUCCGGACUAUCCCGAAACCGUGCGUUGGCUCAACGCGGAAGAAAGGGAGCUUGCGACGAGGCGAUUGCAGGGGUUGGCUUCCGUUGGUCAUUCGAAAAUUAGUUGGGAAGAGGCGAAGAAGACAUUGAAAGAGUGGAGAUUAUAUGUACAUUAUAUCAUUUACAUAUGUAUUUCGGUCCCCUUUUCCAGUAUCUCGUUGUUCACACCGACUAUCGUUUCGGGCCUGGGAUACACUGGUCUUGACGCACAACUGUUCACCGUCCCUCCGUACGCAGUCGCCUUCGUCGUGACGGUGACUAUCUCCUGGCUCAGUGACAAAUACGAAAAGCGGUCCAUCGCGACCUCUGUCUGCCUGUUGAUAGCCGGAAUUGCGUUCAUCGUUGAAGGUGUACUUGCUCCGACGGCGUUCAAAGCUCGAUAUGGAAUUCUAUGUGUGGCCGUCUCCUUUGCGUUCGCUAGCAUACCGCCACUGUUGUCCUGGCUCACUGCAAACCUACAAACGACUGGUGCCGCUACACUCGGGGUGCCGAUGAACGUCAGCAUGGGAGCUAUAGGACAAAUCAUAGGUGUAUAUAUUUAUAAAGCGUCGGAAGCGCCAGGCUAUCCGACUGGGCAUUUCACUAAUGCUGCGUUUGCGUUACUUGGGUCAUUUUUGGCAUUGGUGCUUAGGACCGUCUACGUUCGAUGGAACCGCAAACUCGGCCCUAACGAACGGGAAUGGAGAGUAUAA